ACUGACCGGAACUGGACCUAAAUCAGCCCACCUGAGCCACCAGAUUUGUUAUUGCACCAGCGGUCACACGCUCGGUACGUGAACGCGCCUGUUCCACCUGGCCCAAUCACGUUACGAGGAAGCUCAGGUCACAGCCACAGUCUGCCUCCGCCGUCGCUGCUCGGUCUGUCUGCGCUGCUGCUCGGCCAGGACGCCAGCAGCUCACCUGAGCUCCGCAUCCAUCUGAAGCCAGACUCAUUUCUCCUCCGAAAGACGCCUCCUUCUAACUCCAAAAGGUGUCGGAGCGGAAUACGAGUCCUGACGGAGCCCUUUCUCCUCUGUCCGUUGCUGCCCUCUGUCCCCUACCCCAGGAAAGCAGCCUUUGAAUGCUCCGCUCAGCGUGACAGAGGACCAUCAGAGGGAUGGGGAUGGGAAGACAGGAACUAUGUUGUCUCUUCGAUGAGACUAGAUGAAAGGACUCCUACCUUCAAUUAGCAGCAAAGUGACACACAGAUGCAGAAGAAAACAGCAGUUGUCGAAUCUUUCAAAUCAAUGUUCUCAGCAUAGAGCUUGCUGAUGGUUAAAUCUUGUUGUCCUUGUUAUGAGUUGCUUAUCGACAACCAAUGAGCCAGAGAGCUGCAGCAGUGAGGAGAGCAGCUGCACCACUUCCUCCAUUACUACCUCUGACCCAUCCUCUAUGUCUGGACAGACUAACGCCCUAAACGAUGCCCAGCAUGAAGCACCCCCACCCCCUCCCCUCCCUCCCCCAGCCCCACGGGCACCCCCACCACCCCCGCCCCUGGCGACGACGCCCACCAACCACAAUGUGAGGAAAAAACGCCGCGUGCGCAGCUUCUUUUGGAAGCCCAUCCCAGAGGAGAAGGUGCGCGGGAAGCCAAACAUCUGGACGCUAGCGGUGCGGCAGCAGCAGUACCAGAUCGACGUUCGCUCCGUGGAGGAGCUCUUCGGGCAGCAGGAAGAUGCAGCGACGGGUUUACGUGGCGCGAUGGCAACAACUGGAACCUCAACUCGCAUAUCAAGGUCGCAUUCCUUUAAGGAGAGCAGCAAGCAUGAGGUCAGCAUCCUUGACUCAAAGAGGGGCAUGAAUGUGGGCAUUUUCCUCAAGCAGUUUAAGAAGUCAAAUCGCUCCAUUGUUGAAGACAUACGACGUGGAGAAGGAGAGAUUUAUGGAGCCGAGCUGCUCAAAGACCUGCUGAAGCUCCUACCUGAUACAGAGGAGAUCAGGAAACUGCAGGCUUUUAAAGGAGACCCAGACAAGUUGACACUGGUUGAUUCCUUUAUGUAUCUCCUAAUCCAGGUGCCACGGUUCGAAGUUCGGAUCGAGGCCAUGGUGCUCCGUGAGGAGUUCUUCCCUUGUAGUGGUGCGAUGAGCCAUGACAUCAAUGUCAUCACAGCUGCUACUGAAGAGCUGAUGAACUGUGAGAAGCUUCAUGCCAUCCUUCAUCUGGUGCUGCAAGCUGGAAACAUCAUGAACGCUGGUGGCUACGCAGGUAACGCUGUUGGAUUUAAACUGUCGUCUCUCCUCUCGUUGGCCGACACCAAGGCCAACAAGCCCGGAAUGAACUUGCUGCAUUUUGUUGCUAUGGAGGCGAAGAAGAAAGAUGAAAAGCUGCUGAAGUUUCCAGACAAUCUGCAGCAUGUGCAGAGUGCAGCCAGAAUUUCAGUGGAAAACAUUGAGCUGGAGUUUUCCUCCUUGUAUGUCCGUAUCAAAUCCCUGGAGGAGAAGGUCCAGGGAGACGAGCAGUUACAGCUGCAGCUGGAGCCCUUUCUGCAGAGCUCAGCACAGACACUCCAAGACUUAAAGAGGCGCAGGCUGGAUCUGCGGAAAGAGGGCAACACUCUCAUAGAUUUCUUUUGUGAAGACAAGGACACCUUCAAGCUGGAUGAGUGUUUCCGCAUCUUUCAAGACUUCUGCAUCAAAUUCAAUAAAGCUGUAAAGGACAACAACGACCGUGAGCUGAAGGAAGCAGCCAGACAGCAGCGGCUACGAGAACUGCAGGAAAAGCGAUUAGCGUGGGCAGGUGAGGAACAGAGCAGCGUCUUCGGUCGUAGCAGCAGCGAGAGCGACGUAGAAAUGCUCACCAAGGAAGGCUUUCUGGACUUCUUCCAGAAAAGAUCUCAAAGUCAAAACAGUCCUCUUGGACGCUCCAUGAGUGCCCGCCGCCACCGUCACACUAUGACAUCCACAGCAGACCGUGAACUCCAGGAAUACCUUGAGCUGUUUGGAGGCACUGGGAAUCCCACCAACUACUCCAGGUUUCACAGCCUGCCUCGGUCUGGUCGGCCUCUCCGGAGAAAUGCAAUGUCGUGGAUUUUAGCUCAGGACGACAGCCGAGAGUUGACGUCUCCAAAUGCAGAAAUGGAACCUAUCAGCCCUCUAGCCAGGUUCUCUUCCACUGGGCUAAACAAUAGCGAGGACCUAUACAAUGACAACAAUAAUUACUCAUCUGCUUCAGAGAGUGGCGUUCUGCCUCGCUCCUUUUGUGUCUUUCAGAAGCCCACCCAUAUUCCCAACCCAGCAAUUACCAGCCACAUGAAUGUUAGCGUGGAGAAGUACACCUUAGUUCAAGGUCCUCAAGCUUUUGACCUGCAGAGCCCAAACAACAACAGUAACCAUAAGCACCUUGUCAGCCUUGAUGAUGUUGUGGUGACUGAACUUGAAAAGGAGACAGAAUCUCGUCCUAAAAAUCAGGACAGCCUCAAGUUUGAUGAGCUUUUGGAGAAAAAAGUUGAUCCAAAGGCAGGAUGGGAAGGUAAAGUGGAUUUUCCCACACAGACAGAAGCCUUUUCUGUGAGGGAGAACGAAGACGAGGAUUACAGCACAGUUUCAUCCACAACCUGUGAUACCCCACUUCCUCUGGAUGCCUCUCUGUCAAACAAGAAGCCCAUGUUUUACAUAAUAGACUGCACAGAAACGGACUGCUCUGUGGCGCUAGAUUACUCUGAGGCUGACAGCACAUCUUUACCUAAAGAAGGCCUUCAGUUUGGAGCUGAUUGCAGCAAAGGUCUGGAACGCCAGCAAGGUCCAAAUUCCUCACGUAACGACCAGUCCAUUUCAACCAGCGAGCUCUCAGCACUCACAUCUGUAGACACAGCAUCUGUGGCUGCGUCUGCAACAACAGAGGACUGGGACACGGAGAGCUGUGACACGGCCGAGGGAAAACAGGCUGUGGAAAAGGACCAGAGACCAGGGAGAAAACCAGUGAACUCAAAGAGCAACAAAGUGUCAAAGGGCAGCGGAGGUCGAGGAGUUCGGACUUUGACUAGCAGUGAGAGCCAGGGAAUCCGGAAAGUUGUGCCCAUCAGCAGGGUGAGCAGGACGAGCAGCAGCAAGAGGACAGACAGACCUUCAGUGCAAGACAGCGGAGAGACACACCGGCAUCUCCGUGACCAGAGCACCCCAUCAAGAGGAAGAGCCGAGAAGACAAUGAGACCACCUCGACACUCAAGUGCACCUCCUGAUGAAUCCAAGAUCCAGAAGGAAGGUGGCCUCACAGGUGGUGUGUCUAGAUGGGCGCGAGAUUCAAUACCGAGAAAAGCUUCCCUCCAUAAGCCAAGCGCCAAACCCCUGAGGAACAUCCCAAAGCCUGUGCACGAGGAGAAGAUGUGCCGCUCCACCAUGAGAGCUCUCGCGCAGGCUCAGACUCCAAGAGUCCAAGGUGGACCUUCAUCUGAGAACAGCAGCUCACAAACGCAAAGUGCUAAUAACACCUCUGAUCUCCCAAGCUUUGCCCGAAACACUGUAGCUUCAUCUUCCAGGACCAAGAGGGAGCUGGUCCCCCCAUCUGUCCCCACCACUCCCUCCCGCAGCCCCUCGCUCCAGGGUCGCCAAACCUCCACAAAGCAAAGUCGGGCCUCACCGACAGUUCACACCAACGAGGAACAGCCUCAAGGGACACACCUGCGACGAGUGCAGAGCGUCAAGGCUGCAAGCCGCAGUGCUUAUCGCAGCGGGACGCCGCCUCCAACAUCAACACGGGGGGAUAUUCGGAAGACUAGCAGCUUUUCUGAAAAGUCUGUGCAGCUCAGAGACUCGUUGAUGUCUGGCAAACCCACAAAGCCGAGCUGGAAGUAAAAUCUGACAUGGUGGAAACUAACUGCAGACACAGACAACUUGUCCAUUUAGAAUAGAGUGAUAUUUACUCGUCUUAGCAAUCCACAAUGCAGAGGUAUCCUCUGAUAACAUGCAACAGACCUGAAUCUGAAAUACAUAUUAAGCUAUCACACCUUCUGAGGUUACUUCAGUAGUUGACGAAUUGCAAAGAGCAAGAUGCAAUGAACCUGUCUUUUUUCAGUUGUUUCUAUAGGAAAGUUACUUUUUUAUUUUUCCACUAAAAUGACAAGUGGUAUAUUGGUGAUCUUACACUGAAGCCUUUUGCCUGCUUAGCUGUUAAUGUACAGAGUGUAUACUACUGUUGGUGAUGAUGUUAAUGUCGAAAACUACUGACUCACUACCAUAAUGCUGCUACUUAGCUCUGACUGCUCCAUUUUUAAAUUCAGGUUUUAAGAAUGUGGUAAAUCUUGCUGCUGUUACUGUGCCUUGGAAAAGUAUUGAUACCCUGAAAACCUUUUCAAACUUUUUCAUGCUACACCCACAAACUUCAAUAUGUUCAAUUUGUAUUUUAUGUGAUUAACUAACAAUAAGUACUGCAUAAUUGUGAAGUGGAAUGAAAACAAUAAAUAUCAGGGCUGCAUGAUAUGAGGAAAUAAUGUUAUGUGAUAAUAUUAUUAAAUAAAACAUUUUUAUUCUAUGUAUCCCUUUCCUCCCACGUCACAGUUAUGUGCAGCUCUGUGUAAGUUUAUCACAAAAAAUGCCAAUAAAAUACAUUUUUGUGGUUGUAAUAUGAGAAAUAGUUAAAAACUUCAAGUAGUAUUCAUGCUUUUGCAAGGUAUUGUAUGUCUUAGAUUUGCUGAGUUCUCCAACUGAUUUGUUUGUCCUUUGUUUUCUUGCUCAAUACCUCAGACAGAUCGCAGUGGCCUUGUAAUCGCAGGACAAAGAUUAAUUUAUAUUUACACACUCACAAUGUGGAUAUAAUCUGAUCAGUUAAAGUCUAUGGCAUUCUGAAGUUAGAACAAUAUAUAAAGUCACAAAUAAACUGCCAGUGUAAACUU